CGACAUCAACUAACACCUGUACAUUUCUACCCGCACAUUCGUCUCUCAACUCUCGACAACUAUAAACGAAAACAUUAUUCAUUGUAGAACAAAAACAAAACGCCCAUUAUGGUUCUCGAGGCGGUUAUGGUUGUCGUUGACAACAGCGAAAGCAGCAGAAAUGGCGACUACCAACCAACCCGAUUCGAUUCGCAAGUGGAUGCCGUCAACAUCACUUUCCAGUCUAUCACACAAGGAAACCCCGAGUCAUCUGUCGGAUUGAUGAGUAUGGGUGGCAAGGGACCCGAGGUGUUGGUGACCCUCACCACUGAGCAGGGCAAGAUCCUCGAGGGCCUGCAUCGAACGAAGAAGAAGAUUGGUGGCUCUUCCCAUCUGAAGACAGGUAUCCAGGUGGCUACCCUUGCCUUGAAGCACCGACAGAACCGAUCCCAACGUCAACGAAUAAUAGUCUUCGUCUGCUCUCCUGUCGAGGAAUCAGAGAAGGAGCUUACCACACUCGCCAAGAAGAUGAAGAAGGCCAACAUCUCAGUUGACUUUGUUUUGUUCGGCGAUCUCGACGACGACAGCACCAAGAAUAAGCUGCAACUGUUCAUCGAUACGGUCAAGACCAACGAAGGCUGUCACUUGGUGGUCAUUCCUCCUAGUAGUAAGCUACUCAGUGACCAACUCGUCUCUUCCCCCAUUCUUUUGGGCGAGAACGCUGGUGGAUCUGGCGGAGCUGGAGGUGCAGGCGGUGGCAACGACGAGUUCGAGUUCGGUUUCGAUCCUGCGAUGGAGCCCGAGCUUGCUCUUGCCCUACGUAUGAGUAUGGAAGAGGAGAAGGCUCGACAGGAAAAGGCCGCUCGCGAAGAGGAGGAGGCAGCCAAGAAGGCCUCUCUGGGUGACGUCAAGGAGGAAGAUGAGGGCCAGGGAUCAAGCAGCAAGGACCAAGAUAAGGACAAGAAGGGUGACGGAGACAAGAUGGACAUCUCAUAAUAGAUUAUGGUUCCGCUUUGUCAACAUUGCAGCAACUGUACAAUAGACACAGGGCAGAGGGUUUUAGAUGAUAAGAAGAUUAAAGCCAUUACGAUAC